AGCAUCCAACUUGAAGCAAAAAUGGUCGGGUGGGUAUCUCUUGCUGGAGAAGCAGGGCACGUGCAGAGCAGCUUUCACAGGUCCAUUUUUUUGCUCUGAAAUCUGCACGUGCUCCCCUUCUCCAACAUGGGUUCCUCACCCUUUUCUAUCUUCCUCAUUUGCUGUUUCAAAUUCAAGUUUUAACAAACUUCAGAGGGUCUAAUCUGUGAGUUCAUGAGAUGAUGAUGGAGAAAAGUACACAACUCUCAUUUAAUUUCUCUGUCUUCUUCUGUCAAAAGUACAUGCAAUAAGCCUUUUACUUCAUGUUAUGUCAACAUAUUUACCUAGAAAUGUUCUUUUCUACAUAAUUCUCUCUUCACUCUCCCUUUAUCCUGUUCACCAUCCAUAUGAUCAACUUUUUUUCAUGUUUCCUUCACCAUUUCCACGGAAAAUCUUUGUUCAUAGUAACACGAUGAAAUCGUCGAAAUUGAGAAUUUUGAGAAUGCUUUACAACCUUCUGCAUGAACAUGAGCAAAUUAUGAGAAUAAGAAGGAAAAGCCAUCCAUGAAAACUUCCAGCAAUGGAACUGAGAAACUUAACAACCGCCAGACAACAGUUCUUUUUACUUCUAUAAAACGGGCGCCCUGGGCAGGGGACUUGUGGUACAAAUCUACCAAGGAAGCAUUCAACUUACUCCCAGGUUCUGCCUCUGUUGAUCUUGAUAAUUUGUAGAGAUUUUUAGAAUUUUUCAAAUAAACCAGGUUAUCUUGAUGUGAGUUUGGGGAGGUGAACUUUGGGAGUAGUUCCUUCUUGUGUCUGCGUAUUCUCAUAGAUGGCAUGUAAGAGUUGCCUUUGACUUUGUAAGGGUUGGAGUCCAAUUGAACUCUUUCAUAGGGGAGUUUGUUUUAAUUUGUUCAAAACAGUAAUUAGUUAUUUACUUUAAUUAAAUGAAUUAAUUUAUU